AUGGAGAAGCAAACCACCAUCGCCUCUUCUUGUUUCUUUCUUUUAUACAUCGCCACUUUUACAGUGGCAGAAGUUCUUGAAGCUCAUCCUCACCUUCAUCAUCAGCACAACAGUCAUAGCUCUGUGAAACUUUUCGUCUUCGGGAAUUCGUAUGUUGAUACUGGGAAUAUCAAAAAGUCUGUGUCUCCUUCAUGGAAGGAACCUUAUGAGAUCACUUUUCCGAGAAAGCCGGCUGGCCAGUUUUCGAAUGGUCGUGUCCUCACUGAUUAUAUAGGUUUGUUUCCUUUCUUUCUCAGGAAACCAAUUUUAUUUUAUUUGUUCCUCUUUGGAGGGACAGGUGUUUUCGAUACAUUGGUCAGUGGACCAAACUUGACCACCCAAAUCGACUUUUUCGAACAACUACUUCAACAAAAAGUCUAUGCCAAAAACGACGUCGUUAAAUCGUCCAUUGCUCUCGUAUUAGUUGCGGGGAACGACUACGCUGCUCAUUUUGGUAGACCAGGCAACGACACAAAGGAUUUGGCAAUGUUUACCAAAUUUAUUAUUAUUAAGCAGCUUACUGUGGAUUUGAAGCGUAUACAUGAUUUGGGAGUGCAAAAAAUAGCGGUUACAACAAUUGAGCCCCUUGGAUGUCUUCCCAGCAUAACUUCCUCUCUUUCGUAUCAAAACUGCAAUGAAUUUGCCAAUAUGGCUUCAAUGUACCACAACCAGAUUCUGCUUCAAAAGUUGGAAGAGUUGAACAAGGAGACAAAGAAUUCUGCAUUUAUCGACUUGGAACUCUAUAAUGCGUUUAUGUCUGCAGUAAAGCCCCCAAAACAUCAUCAAGGUAAUACGACAUUCCAGAUUAACACACUAAAGCCAUGUUGUGUUGGGGUGAGCAAUGAAUACUCAUGCGGGACUCUGGAUCAGACUGGUGCAAAGAAGUACAUUAUAUGA